UGAGUUUGCGAACGGAGCAGCUGCAGCAGGGCUCAUGGCAGAUACCCAGUACAUCCUGCCCAAUGACAUUGGUGUGUCUAGCCUGGACUGCAGGGAGGCAUUCCGCCUGCUGUCACCCACAGAGCGCCUCUAUGCCCAUCACCUGUCUAGAGCUGCUUGGUAUGGGGGCCUGGCAGUGCUGCUCCAGACAUCCCCUGAAGCCCCCUACAUCUAUGCCCUGCUUAGCCGCCUCUUCCGUGCCCAGGACCCUGACCAGCUGCGCCAACAUGCCCUGGCUGAGGGUCUUACUGAAGAAGAGUACCAGGCAUUCCUGGUCUACGCUGCAGGGGUCUACUCCAACAUGGGCAACUACAAGUCCUUUGGUGACACCAAGUUUGUUCCUAACCUGCCCAAGGACAAGCUGGGACGUGUGAUCCUGGGGAGUAAGGCUGCCCAGCAGCGGCCAGAAGAAGUCAGGGACCUUUGGCAGACCUGUGGGGACCUUAUGUUCUCCCUGGAACCGAGGCUUCGACAUCUUGGGCUGGGGAAGGAGGGAGUCACCACCUAUUUCUCUGGGGAUUGUACCAUGGAAGAUGCUAAGCUGGCCCAGGACUUUCUGGACUCUCAGGUUUGGGAAUUGGCAAUUUGGGACACUAGUUUGAUGGGGCUUCUUGUCUCCACCCCUUCACUACUGCCACCUGCUCUCGGGUCCCAGCCUGAACUCAAAGACAUAUGGGCACCUUAGGUCCUUGAGAAGGACAAGACUUAAAGGAUUCUUUGUGUGAGAGAACCUCAGUGCAUACAACACUCGGCUCUUCAAGGUCGUUGGCCAGGAAGGGAAGUCCCACUAUGAGGUGCGGCUGGCUUCAGUCCUCAACACAGACCCUGCUCUCGACUCUGAAUUGACCUCCAAGCUGAAGAGAUAUGAGUUCCAGGGGAACCAUUUCCAGGUCACCCGGGGGGACUAUGCCCCCAUCCUCCAGAAGGUGGUAGAACACUUGGAGAAAGCUAAGGCUUAUGCAGCCAACAGCCACCAGGAGCAAAUGCUGGCUCAGUACGUGGAGAGCUUCACCCAGGGCUCCAUUGAGGCCCAUAAGAGGGGCUCCCGCUUCUGGAUUCAGGACAAAGGCCCCAUUGUAGAGAGUUACAUUGGCUUCAUUGAGAGCUACCGUGACCCCUUUGGCUCCCGAGGAGAGUUUGAAGGCUUCGUGGCCAUGGUAAACAAAGCCAUGAGUGCCAAGUUCGAGCGGCUGGUCGCGAGUGCUGAGCAGCUGCUGAAGGAGCUGCCCUGGCCUCUUGCCUUCGAGAAGGACAAGUUCCUCACCCCUGACUUCACCUCCCUGGACGUCCUCACCUUUGCUGGCUCUGGCAUUCCUGCGGGCAUCAACAUCCCCAACUACGAUGACCUGAGACAGACAGAAGGCUUUAAGAAUGUAUCGCUGGGGAAUGUGCUGGCUGUGGCCUAUGCCGCAAAGCGGGAGAAGCUCACGUUCUUGGAGGAGGAAGACAAGGACCUGUAUAUCCGCUGGAAGGGGCCGUCCUUUGAUGUGCAGGUGGGGUUACACGAGCUGUUGGGCCAUGGCAGCGGCAAGCUCUUUGUACAGGAUGAGAAAGGUGCUUUCAACUUUGACAAGGAGACUGUGAUCAACCCAGAGACUGGGGAACAGAUCCAGAGCUGGUACCGGAGUGGAGAGACGUGGGAUAGCAAAUUCAGCACCAUUGCCUCCAGCUACGAAGAGUGCCGGGCCGAGAGUGUGGGCCUCUACCUCUGUCUCAACCCCCAAGUGCUGGAGAUCUUUGGCUUUGAGGGAGCUGAUGCAGAAGAUGUAAUCUACGUGAACUGGCUCAACAUGGUUCGGGCUGGCUUGUUGGCUUUGGAGUUCUACACCCCAGAGGCAGCCAACUGGCGACAGGCCCACAUGCAGGCCCGGUUUGUGAUCCUGCGGGUUUUGCUGGAAGCUGGCGAAGGACUCGUUACCGUCACUCCCACCACAGGCUCUGAUGGGCGCCCUGAUGCCCGGGUCCGCCUGGACCGCAGCAAGAUCCGGUCAGUGGGCAGACCUGCCUUGGAGCGGUUCCUGCGGAGACUCCAGGUGCUGAAGUCCACGGGGGACGUGGUCGCGGGGCGGGCCCUGUACGAGGGCUAUGCAGCAGUCACUGACGCACCUCCAGAGUGCUUCCUUACCCUAAGGGAUACGGUACUGCUGCGCAAGGAGUCCCGGAAGCUUAUUGUUCAACCCAACACUCGCCUUGAAGGCUCAGAAGUACAACUUGUGGAGUAUGAGGCCUCAGCCGCUGGUCUCAUCCGCUCCUUCUGUGAGCGGUUUCCCGAGGAUGGGCCCGAGUUGGAGGAGGUUCUUAUCCAGCUGGCUGCAGCAGAUGCCCGAUUCUGGAGGAACCAGGCCCAGGAGGCCCCACCUGGCCAGGCUUGAGAAGAUCUGUGUGGUCUCUCCCCUCUUUGUCAAACCAGGGCUGUCAGUAGCUCUGAGUUGUGUGUGAUUAGGAGUCAGGGGAGGGAGGGGCAGGAGCUUGGACUUUGGUGCUACCUCAGCUGAGGGUGGUGAUGCGAACCCCUUCCAUUUGUCAGCACUUUGCAGUUUACCGUAUGUCCUCAGUUUCUGGAUCUGCACUGCCAUCUAUGGCCGGAGCUCAACAGGGUGCCUAGUCCGGUUUUCCACAUGGGAAGGUGGCAAUUCUGAGAAGUGACUGUUCUAGACCCGGCAGGUGGCAUGUGACAGAGCCAGGGCUCAAAGCAUUCUCACCAAAUCCAGCGCUCUUCGUGUAUUACUUUUAUAGCCAGAAAAAUAAAUAUGACGACCACCAUC